AUGCAGUGUGACAACCAAGAGAACCAGAGCUGUGCUGGGCUCUGGACUAGACAAAGGCACAAAUCCCAUCUGGGUCUCCUUCAAAGCAAGCUGCUGUUUGCAACAAGCUACCAGAUGGUGAGAAAGUCUGUGAUUGCAGUGAGCUUCAUAGCAGCGUUUCUCUUCCUGCUGAUUGUGCGCCUUGUAAAUGAAGUGAAUUUCCCAUUGCUGCUAAACUGCUUUGGACAACCUGGUACAAAAUGGAUACCAUUCUCCUACACAUACAGGCGACCCCUUCGAACUCACUAUGGAUACAUAAAUGUGAGGACACAAGAGAAUGUGAGCUCCCUAAGAACCUGCAUUUUGUCAAUUUUAUUCACGAUGUGUGUGUCUCCAGUGCCUAGAAGACCUUUGCAGCUGGACUGCGACGUUUGUGCCAUCGUGUCCAACUCAGGUCAGAUGGUCGGCCAGAAGGUGGGGAAUGAGAUAGAUCAGGCCUCCUGCAUUUGGAGAAUGAACAACGCCCCCACCAAGGGUUACGAAGAAGACGUUGGCCGCAUGACAAUGAUUCGAGUUGUAUCCCAUACCAGCGUUCCUCUUUUGCUAAAAAACCCUGAUUAUUUUUUCAAGGAGGCAAACACCACUAUUUAUGUGAUUUGGGGCCCUUUCCGCAACAUGAGGAAAGAUGGCAAUGGCAUCGUUUACAACAUGUUGAAAAAGACUGUUGACAUCUAUCCAAGUGCCCAAAUUUAUGUCACCACAGAGAAGCGCAUGAGCUACUGUGAUGGAGUUUUUAAGAAGGAAACUGGGAAAGACAGAGUCCAGUCUGGCUCUUAUCUCAGCACUGGGUGGUUUACCUUCAUUCUGGCUAUGGAUGCCUGUUACGGCAUUCACGUCUACGGGAUGAUAAAUGACACCUACUGCAAGACAGAAGGGUAUAGAAAAGUCCCCUACCAUUACUAUGAACAAGGAAGAGAUGAGUGUGAUGAAUAUUUUCUUCAUGAACAUGCCCCAUAUGGAGGCCAUAGGUUUAUCACUGAAAAGAAAGUGUUUGCUAAAUGGGCCAAGAAACACAGGAUAAUAUUUACACAUCCAAACUGGACAGUGUCUUGA